GGAAGGAAAACGAGAGUGGAGUGGGGAGAAGGCGUGCCUGACUCAGAAGACAGACCGCCGCGUCGAGGCGCGGACUGAAACGACCUUGCGAACCGCUGGGAACGGCAGCAAAAGCUUCCUUCAGCGUUUUCUUUUUUGCGAUUCGCUGUGGACACUGCAUAACAUUGCGCGAGUGUACAUGCGUGCCGUCUCGGUGACGGGCGUGCGUGUGUGCUCCGGGCCACGCAUGGGCGUGUUCAGAGUGUGAUGAGUCCGGCUGCUGCUUAUUACGACGGUCGUCGUGGUACUCACAGCAAUGGCCAAAACUACGAAAACAAAAUGGGCGCGUUGCUGUAUCUGCGUGCUGUCAACCUCACCCAAGUACUUCGAGUCGUACUGCGAGGUUACGUCUGCGCCGCAGGUGCGCGCGCGCGCGCUGCGCUGCGUGCUCUACACCAACGCCUCCGUCGAGGUGCACGGCGCGCCCCGCGACGCCGACUUCGAGCGCCUCUUCGUGCAGCUGGACCCGGCCAAGGACGCGGCGGUGUGCGCGUCGUUCGCGGGGGAGGCGCGCGCCGACGACUUCCGGCGCCAGUUCUUCGUGUGCUCGCAGCAGGCGCGCGAGGACGAGCUGGACGAGCUGCUGCAGCAGAAACAUACAAAAGACAUCAUUGGCGCCCGGAUAAACACCGGCAUCGCCAACGUCUUGCUUCCUAACAAAAGAUUCUUCCUACAGUUUCAGAAACAUACAAAAAAACAUCAUUCCAAGGCCCCUCCU